AUGAAGUUGAAGAUCUCGCUGAUAGGAUUGCGAGAAGUGUGGUUAUUGGGUUACACAAUCCUACUGAAUACUAGCCUAGCCUUUAGCCGGUUUCUACGUAUCAAGUUUGUUUUAUUGCUAAUUUGCAUAAGUCUAAUCGUUUGUUUUGCAGCAGUCGUUGGUGGAACGGUGGUCGGUUUGCUGACUGCGAUCCUGCUAGUUAUGUUUAUUGUAUAUCGGAUGCGAAAGAAGGACGAAGGUUCGUACGCGUUGGAAGAACCCAAACCUCGCCCUUACGCAAUCCUCUCAGUUGAUCAAGCGAAUCACAUGGAUGUUCCUGAAAACUUUGUUACUGCGCUAGCAAAACAAGCAGAUCGUGCGUUCUAUGUACCCAAACGUCCAGGAGUGCAUAAUAAUCUCAUACUCUGA